CUUUUUGAAGAUAUACGCAUGUUUGUAACGGCGCAAGCUCCUCAAACAUGGCGCUACUUGUAGAUCUGAAGAAGAGAGACGAAAUUUAAAGAGUAAUUACGGAAUUGUCAUCACUUGAUUAAGAUUCUACAAUUGGUUCAUCGGUUAUUCUACUUACGAGGCUACUUGACAGUGAAAUAUGAGCAAAUACGUAAAUCUCGCCAAUGUGGCGACUAAUUACGCUAAAAGGAUGAACCGGUUGAGUAAUCAAAUUUUUGGAGAAGUUACAAGACCUACGACCAGUACAUCAAUGAAGGUUGUCACGUUGUUCAGUGAAAAGCCAUAUGACCGCAGGGAUGAAAUCGUUAAUUAUUAUCCUCGACACGUUGAGACUCAUAUUCUUAUGAGCAAUCUACGUAACUAUGGACUUUUUAGAGAUGAGCAUGAGGACUUCAAAGAUGAGUACAAGAGGCUACGAGCACUUCGUGGCAAGGUACCGUACAAGAAAGGAGAAGGCAAGCGAGCCAGGUUGAAAGCAAAUAAAUAGUAAUUUUUGUUAAUAAAUAUUAGAAAUUACGUUGUAUAUUAUGUACGAUGCAUAUGUAAAAUUAAAACAUGCUAUGAAUUGUAAAGGGUCAAUUCUAAAACAAA